AUGAAGUAUGUUAAUAGGAAGAUUCUGCAACAACUUUUUCCAACAUGGGCCGGUAAUUGUGCUGAACCAAAGGAGGUUGCAAGUACUGAUCAAUUGCCUCAAAACUACUCUGGUGUAUAUUUGUCACAUAAUGCUGCUUUGAGUAGUAGUCAGGAAAACAUGACCACUACGNUUCUGCAACCACUUUUUCCAACAUGGGCCGGUAAUUGUGCUGAACCAAAGGAGGUUGCAAGUACUGAUCAAUUGCCUCAAAACUACUCUGGUGUAUAUUUGUCACAUAAUGCUGCUUUGAGUAGUAGUCAGGAAAACAUGACCACUACGGUUGGCAGCCAAUCUAGACAGAGUAAAGCAGCAUUUCCAGGCUCUCAACUUAGUUUCAUUCCUACCACUCGGGAAAGGUUUGAUAGUUUGUGUGCCUACCAUGGCCACAUGUUUCCGCCCAUACUUCAUACUCAUUCAGUGUUUCCCCCAGUGUGGAGUUCCAAAUCAGCUGGCCAGCUGGCCCCUUUGCUGAUGAGUGACUCACUUCAUUCUGUUUCUGAUAUUAACAACUCAAUACAUGGUAAUCACACAUUUGAUGAAACUAUCAACCACUCUGCCGGCCAGACUGUGCAACAGGAAGAUAUCAAUGUGGAGCCGGCAGAAGUAUUGACCCCUGGUCUGAUUGGUGACAGUGGCUUCUUUGAUGGUGUCAGAAGUAACCUUACCAACGGUGUGUGUGAAAACAUAUGCGAUACAGUUGAUGGCAAUGCCACUCUAGCUGCAUCAGUUUCUAGAGGCAUUAUUUCUGAGGCUGCUGUGAAUGACAGCCAUCUCAUUGUUCAGGAUGAGCUGAAAAGAUUGGAUUCUCUCUGCUCCACUCAAAGGGAAGCUGCUGUGAAUGACAGCCAUCUCAUUGUUCAGGAUGAGCUGAAAAGAUUGGAUUCUCUCUGCUCCACUCAAAGGGAAGUGGCUCUAUUAAAAUUCCGUUUGAAACGAAAAGAUCGAUGCUAUGAGAAGAAGGUUCAAUAUCAAAGCAGGAAAAGACUUACUGAGCGGCGUACUGACUACAAAAUGAAGGAAAGCAUCUUCAAGGAAAAUGUUGCAUGGAAAGUAAUGGAAGUUGGUGCAAUAUGGCAUUCAUACGUGUGCUUUUGGAAUUUGGAUCCCAGUGGCCUGGUGACGAAGCAUGAACCCAGUCCAACUGAUACAAGGCCACGUACUGACUAA